AUGCGCCUAUUCCUUCUGCCAAUCUCUACAAGACAAAGCCUCGUCUACUGUCAACGACCGAACCUCAAGCUAUCCGAAAAGGCCACGCUUUUGGAUAAAGCGGCUACCAAAGGCGCCAACAUCUGGCUCAAGUGGGAGAAGAAAGAGUCCGGCUGGCAGAAGAAGGUCACAUCCUACGGCAACAAAUUGUUUCAGCGCCUACCAUAUGCGGAAUGGGGACUGAAGAGCAUACCGCCGUUGAGCGAGAGACGGAAACGGGAUGAGGUCGAGGCCAAGGAGGAAGUCCGAGUAGAAUAUCCAGGCGCUUUCAUUGACUCUCGGGAGGUCCAUGAUGCUUUACAAAGGCUUGGGAGUAAGGAUAGACAGAGGUUCCACACCAAGUGGCUUUGGGGUAGUAUAAUUGGGAUGCCAAUUUCAGCGCCUGUAGCGUUGCUUCCAGUAGUGCCAAACCUGCCAUUCUUCUACCUUUGCUUUCGUGCUUGGUCCCAUUGGCGAGCGCGGGGUGGUUCAAAGCAUUUGCAGUUCCUACUCGAUAACAGGAUGGUCAAAUUGUCUCCUUCCGAGCUUCUACAAACGGCAUAUAUGGAGGCCGCAAUGGACAUGUCCAUCGAGGAGCUCGAUAAGGAAAUGGACAGCAUUCGCUCUGGAUCCAGUGUCAAGCCGGUCCCUGAUGAAAAAGAUGAGAGAAUGCUGCUGUCAGAAUCCAGCGGCCAGCUCAUUGCUGAGUAUCUUGAUGUCCCGCUGGCGGUUGAGGUUGAGCGUGCCGUGUUGCAGGUGAAGAAGGCUCUGAAAGCGCAGCAGGAGCUCAGGGAGGAGAAAGCACAGCUUGCUGCUGCCACCAGGGAUCAAUCGGGGCCUGAUCAAUGA